UUCUACUCAACUUCUUCCCUACAGGGUUUGUGAUCAUUUCUUGAAACUACUAUGGCGUUUCUUUAAAGUCUUAACCAUUUGGAUUUUGGAUAGAAAAAAAGUUGUGCUUUUUGGCAAUAUCCUUGAUGAGUUCCUUUUUAUUCCAUCUUCUGCCAUGCAGUUACUUUCACCUGCAAGUUCUGUUUGUUUGUUGAUCUCUUUGAACUCUUUCUUCUUUGCGCUUUCACUUUUCUUUGUUAGAUUUUUUGCUUGGAUUUGUCUGUAGUGAAGUGUGUAAAUAGGACAAUUUCAAUGGUUUUAUAGGGAAGGACAAACUGAUGUGGGGUUACUGAAAAGGAGUUGGAAAUGGCAUCAACUUCUUGUGCUAAGCAGAGUCCACUGCCCAUGAGAGAACCAGUUAUGAGCUAUGUUCAAUAUCCAGCACCUGGGGCCACAUAUGAGGAUGUUAUAGUGAGCACUAAGCUUUUUAUGGAAACUUUGGAGAAGUUUCAUGCAGCCAUGGGAACCAAGUUCAUGAUCCCUAUUAUAGCGGGCAAGGAACUGAACUUGCAUCGGCUUUUUGUGGAGGUGACGUCUCGUGGUGGUAUUGAGAAGAUUAUUAGAGAGAAAAGAUGGAAAGAAGUGACUUCUGUUUUCAACUUUCCAUCUACGGCCACAAAUGCAUCUUUCGUGCUGCGCAAGUACUAUGGUUCCUUGCUUCAACAUUAUGAACAGCUCUACUACUUUAAGGCUCGGAGUUGGAGCCCUGUCUCUCCUGUUCCUUUGCAGAGUCCAUUGAUAUCACAAUGUUCAGCUCAAGUGACUGUGCAGCCGUCACCAGAAUACCAAGCAGCUGCAGUCAAGCAAAAAAACACAAACACUGCAGAGUUGCGUGCAGUUGUAGCAAUGCCAGGAUCAUCUGCAAGUCCUCCAGUGGUGGGGGUAAUUGAUGGGAAAUUUGAGGGUGGGUAUCUUGUUACUGUCACGGUAGGUUCAGAGGAGCUCAAAGGUGUUCUUUAUCAGGCACCACAGAACCAAUCAUGGCAAGUGCCGCAGCCUCAUGGUGUGUCUGCCAACAAUAGUUUUAAUACAAACCCUGUACCAUCCGCCAAGAAUAGUGGUAAUACACACCCUGUACCAGGUACACGACGCCGGCGCCGUAGAAAGAAAAGUGAGAUAAAAAGAAGGGACCCCGCUCAUCCAAAACCUAACAGAAGCGGCUACAAUUUCUUCUUUUCUGAGCAGCAUGCAAGACUCAAACCACUUUACCCAGGGAAGGAUAGAGAGAUCAGUAGGAUGAUUGGUGAGCUAUGGAACAAAAUAAAUGAUUCUCAGAAAGCGGUUUAUCAGGAAAAAGCUCUUAGAGAUAAAGAAAGAUACAAAAUAGAAAUGGAGGGUUAUCGAGAGAGACUGAGAACGGGGAAAGUUAUUAUUGACGCAGUUCCACUGCAGCAGUGGAUACCAGGUAAAGAUUCUGAGAUGGUGGAAGCAAGUGUCAGAACUGAGGAAACUGGAGUGGGGUCUCUUCAGAAUGAUGGCAGUUCCAGUGAAAGUGAUUCUGAGGAUGAUGAUAGAACUGCAGAAAAAGAUUCGGACAUGGAAACUUCUCCAGUAUAGGGAUUGGGUGCUGAUUCUGGCGACAUGGAUAUUGUGGAAACUUCAGCUGAGGUGACAGGUUUUAAUUUAUCCAAGAGAGAUGAGGAUGUUGGAAAGGCUGGCAACUCAACCAAGGAAAACUAGGAGAGUACUGUACUCGAGACUCGGAAAGAAAACGCACAUGGUGACAGACAUUGAAACUCUUACGGUAAUUUUACCUUCUAGUUUUCUUAAUUGUCUAGAACUCUUUCCUUUUAUUUUUCGGAGGUAGUGUUAGUCAUGAUAUAGUGUAGAGCAGGAGUUUUGUAUCGAACUUCUGACAGAUUUGUGGUCAGGUGAAAUCUUGACGCAUUUGUCGAACAUUGCGGUUUCAUCUCUCAACCUAUGCUCUAAUUGCAGAUUCUGGAAUGAUAUUUUAUGAGAGUUAGAUCAUUACUUAUUGUUCAUUGAAAUGGGAGGAGAUUUUAAGUGAUAUGUGUAGCUUCUUGUGGAUCAUGGAUAAUUUCUAUAUAUCAUUAAAUUUACAA